CACCAGUGUGGGCGAGGGCCGCGGGAGUGACUAGUGAGCGACUGAGGGUUGAGCACUCAGUCUCCGCUAGUGCGUGUGUGGGUGAAGGUGUGUGUGCGUGUGGCGUGUGUGUCUGUUGCUGCCGAGCCCUGAGUGAGUGGGCGCCAAGCCGGAGUGAGAGCCAGGGCGCCACACACAGUGAUAUUAAGACAGGGAGAGGAAGAACUGGUGUACGAUGGGCGACUUCAAAGCCGCCACGACGCUGCUUCUCCUGCUGGCGGCGACGACGGUGAUGGCAGGUUUCGGAAAUUUAAAUUUAUCAAGAGGAGGACACAUCUCGGGCUGCAAAGAAAUUUCAGAAUACAUAACAGUAAAUCAUGAUGAUGAUGACGACUCCAUGGAGAUUCAAGUCAUGAUGGACCAAAACGGGAGGCGUGUGACUCAGGUGUCGUUGAAAGGCUUCGAAAACUUUGAAGAGUGUCGUGCAAUGAAGAAACACAACUACUACCUUCUCAGAAUGAACGACAGUGGGAAAGGCUGCGGGUACAACAGAUGUACGAACCUGGUGACGGGUAAGAAAACUUACAGUGCUAAGCUAAUCAUUAAAUUCUCCACCGGCAACGAUGAAGAGAAAAGUAUUGUCUGCAGUUCUGGCGGUAAACAGAAGAGAGACGUCCUUCCCCCGGAGUUUAUUGAGCCUGAUUUCAUCGAGAUAACAUCAGAGGUGUCCGGCACUGCUCCCAUCCCGAUCCUGAAUGUGGGAGUGAGGCAGAACGGACAGCUGGUGGGUGGACAGAUCAGCGUCCGGCCAGGCACGCCACUCACCAUGGAGGUGUUCUUGGACGACGUCUCGGCAAAGAUCUACGGGAUCCUGAUGCAUAACAUGGAGGUGACUGACAUGGCCAACAAGCGGGAGACGAUAAUAUUCAACGGGUGCUCCGUGGACCCGAUUCUCUUCGACAACUUCAUCACAACAACCGGUGACACUGUGGCCGCCAAGUUCAGAGCCUUUAAGUUCCCUGAGACCAACUACGUCAUGUUCCGAGGCACCGUGGACGUCUGCCUCGACAAGUGCCAGGGGAUCGCGUGCAGCAACGGCCAGGUCGGGUACGGGCGACGGCGACGAGGCAUUGACGACCAGACUCCCGACCCCAACAAGAUCUUCGAGGUGACAAUGAUGACCAUACUGAAGAUAGAGGAGCCACUCAACGACACCAUGAGCCUGGAGAAGAGGCUGGCGGAGGAGGUGCAGAACCAAAUGGCGGAGGAGUUGAAGACGAUGGAGCUCGCACUGCAGGAGAUGAAGGAGGAGAGGAUGAUGAUGGAACAAGCUCUGCGGGAGGAGACAAACCCUUGGAGAAGACCUGCCGUUGUGUCUGUUAUUGGGGAAGACCGAACCUCCAUCCAGUCCAGCGAGAGGCGGGAGCCUGGCUACAUCAACUACAGCAGUGCCGAGACUCUCAGCCAAAGUCUCCUGCUGCUGGGCGUGACUGCUGCCGCUCUGCUCGCUCUUCGUGUGUAAUACUCCUCAUCCUAGCAGGAGAAAUGCUACAUCUUGCCCUCCUGCUUUCAUUCUUGGUCCUAGCGAUGAUUGGCAGUGCUAUAAAACCUUCUUUCUCUGGUCCAGUGCGGCGAGGCGUCGUAAAGAAGUAAACAAGUAUUCACGGACAAACUUUUCAUAUUCUAGAUCUUGUGGUGAGGGAUUGUCCUGCAGGUGUGUCCUUGCUCCCUCCACCUCUGCCGUUCUUGCUGUUACUGCUAUCUUAUUCUACACCAAGCUUCCCACACCUGCCUCUUCGCUGGGCAGCACACCACCACUUCCCAGCAGACACAAAGCCCGCGUGCCAGGCCGUCGUCUCUCAGACUGAGGAUCUCACUGCAUUUCGAACACGCGUCUCGGAUUCUCUUGUCCCGAGCUGUGGGCCUCGAGGGUGAAGGGCGACUGUGUCUGUUCGUGGCAGCGAUGCGUGAUCUGCCCUGCGGCCUCCCCUCCUCUGUUCCCUUCCUUCUCUGGCUUUUAGAAUUCUCGCCUCGCCUGUGCUCAUCCCCUCGCCCCUGGCCAUCCAUUCCCCGCCGCCGCAGGUCCUCGCCGGUCGGCUUGGCUGCCUUGUUUUACUGCAUUUCUUGGUUUUCCUUCACCGAGGAUACGACUUCCUCGGGAAGGUCCCGCCAUCUUGAUAUUGAACGAGCUUUAAAGUCUUCUUGUGCAUCACUGGCAUUUUCAAUAUAAGUUAAGUUAGUCCCGGUAACUCCCAAUCCCUACAUCCACCACCCCUCCCGCCCCCAACCCGGCCCGGACGCCAUCUGAUGUCCACUGGGCCACGAAUGUCUUCCACCUUUAUCAGCUUCAGAGUAAUUGUUUCACGUCUCCAAUUGUGUGCCACAAUAGUUUAUAUAAUUAAUGGAUUUUGUAAGUGUCAUAGUUUUGUAAGUGCAAUAAAUCCCUAUAUCAGUUUUGUACAUCAAAUAUGCAUUAUGGAUUAACAAGGAUGUUCACCGGACAACCCACAAAGUGUAGCUGUUGUAGACAAUGACACGGAGCCUCUGGUGGACGCCCAGCGUACGGUCUGCAGCGUGCAGCACGCGGCCCUGGGCGGCCAGGCCUCCUCUCGCAGCUCUCAAGCAGACCUUCCGUCAGUGUGUUGUUUUAACUCGUAGGGUAAAGUGACUGGUGGUGGGAGGACACAGCCCUCUGUGUCCCGCCUGUGUGUUGCCUCUGCUCCUAAUGUUCGCAGCCACGCACGCCACGCCGCCGCCGCCCCUCCACAGGCGUGUUUCGCCACCCCUGCGGGGCGUGGCAGCGCGAGUGGUGCUAGGCGGCGUCGUGGCCCAGACUUGUCAGUGGCACGGUCAGUUGUCAGUCAAGAAUAGCUUGCAAACUGGCCUUGCCACACACGUCUUCCGUGCUGGCCUCGGCGCCGUAACAACAACUAACAAAGUGCUUGUACAGCUGUACAGUAGAAUAAUGUCACAUAGUAACUUGAUGUAAAAUAAACUGUGAUAGUUUC